AUGCGGGCCUUUCCGUAUUCGGAGAUAAGUGUUGCCCCCGACGAGACGACCAGCGCCCUCUUCCAGGUGGUCCAGACAGGAAACUGCCCCGACCCUGAGCUGCUGCAGUCCUUGGACAUGUGCGAGAGCGACCCCGUGGCCAUCGCACGAUGCUUUGUAGAUAAGAGUGAAUACUUUGAAAUAUACACGCAGUAUUGCACCAACUAUCCCAACUCCGUGGCAGCACUGACCGACUGCAUGGGGAGUAAAACACUGGCCACGUUCUUCCGGGAUCGGCAGGCCGCUCUGAAGCGCUCCCUCCCUCUGGGCUCCUACCUGCUGAAGCCCGUCCAGAGGAUCCUGAAGUAUCACCUGCUGCUUCAGGAAAUUGCGAAGCACUUUGACUCCGACGAGGAAGGCUACGAGGUCAUUCAGGAGGCCAUAGACACCAUGACCAGCGUGGCCUGGUACAUCAACGACAUGAAGAGGAAACACGAACAUGCCGUCAGAGUGCAGGAGAUACAGUCUCUCCUCAUCAACUGGAAGGGUCCUGACCUGACCACCUACGGAGAGCUGGUGCUGGAGGGCACCUUUCAUGUGCUGCGGGCGAACACCCGAACACUCUUCCUCUUCGGGAUGCUUCUCAUCACCAAGAAACGGGGGGAGCACUACGUCUACAAGACCCACAUCUCGUGCUCCACCCUGAUGCUGCUCGACAGCGCCAAGGACCCCCUCCUCUUCAGUGUUAUCCACUUCAAGCAUCCCAAGCAACCCCAUACAGUGCAGGCCAAGUCGGUGGAAGAGAAGCGGCUGUGGGCCCAUCAAAUCAAGAGGCUCAUUCUUGAGAACCACAACACCAUCAUCCCCCAGAAGGCCAAAGAAGCCAUCCAGGACCAUUCUAUAUGUGAAUCCGGGAAGUACCACUACAGCCCCGAGAGGCUGAAGAAAGCAGAGUCCUUCCACGCAGAUGACUUUCAUCUUGCGGUGCGGAAUGGAGAAGGAGAUCAGCCUGCAAAACACACGAUACUGAGCACCAAAGCUGUUUUGAAGCACGCAGGCAGUGAGGGUGCGCUGCUGGGGGAGAGGCGCUCCCUCCGGCCUGCUACUAGUGACAGUACACAGGCCUCCGGUCUGAGCCAGCCCCAGUCUGAGGGGCCCCGUGUCAGCCAUCUGAGUCCCGGAGGUCCUGCUGACAGUGACCCAGCGCUGGACUCUCUACCCAGCGAGGGGGGGCUGCAGGCGGAGAAGCCCGAGGAGGAGGAAGAGGAGGAGGAGGAGGAGGGUUACAAGGAGGAUGUGCUGAUGGGAGACGACCAGGUAGCCGACUUUGCCAGCUCAGUGCUGGCAGCCAUCUCCUGCUGGCACUAUAGAGCCCGGGCUUUGCUUUCUACUCGCUUCACAACGGACGAUCCCGCCGGAGACACGGCUCAGCCGACGGUCGCGGCGGCAGCGGAGGAGGAGGUCAGACCUCCGGCGCUGGAGGAAAAACGGGCGGACGCGGCCGUGAAAGAAACUCUCGCCACAAAGGUGGCGGCGGAGGAGGAGGAGCCGCGGCCUCUGGACCCGCAACGGAGGACGAGCCAUCAGCCCGAGUCGCCCGUCUGCCCUUUGCAAGAAGGAGCCGACGCUCCAGAGUCUCACGACGACUCGAGGGAAACCGCGGAGGAGGAGGAGGAGGAGGAAGAAGGGGAGAGCGAUUCAUCUGGUGCACAAGUGGAGGAGACGAGUGCACUGACAAACGGGGAGCUCUCAGGGGAGGAGGAGGUGGAGGAGGUGAUCUCGAGCAAUACGAGCAUCCUGCCUUCCUCCGUGCUGGACCAGGCGAGUGUGAUCGCCGAGCGCUUCAUCGGCGGCCUUUCGAGAAGGAGCAGCCUGGUCUCAGAAGACCAGGCUUCCCUCGCGUGUCCCUCACCCUCGACGGAGAAGGACGUCUCCAAGAGCCCCCCCCCCGCUCGCACGGACCUGGAGCAACAGGCUCCAACGCCGGCGCGCUCCUCCCCGGAGCUGAAGGUUACCGCCCCGACGCCGGACAGCCCCGCCGAGGAGGAACUCGGGUCCACGCUCUCCAAACAAGACCGCCUCCUCAUCCGCAAGAUCAGGAGGUACUACGAGCACGCCGAGAGCGAGGACGCCGGCUUCAGCGUCAAGCGCCGGGAGAGCCUCUCCUACAUCCCGGCAGGUCUGGUGCGGCACCUGAGCCGGCAGCUGAACGGCGCCCCGCAGGAGCAGGCCGCCCCGGCUCAGAGGAAGGGCCUCUCUCGAAACCGCCCCACCUCCUGGUCGGUGUUUGACCUCCCCGGCUUGGAAAGGGGUCAAAACGCCGACGCCGCCCAGCCGGAGACCUCGCCGCAGGGGCCGGCGGACGCUAAGGCCCGAUCUCGCAGCGUCGCGGACGCCACCGAUGAGGAGUUCAGAGACUCGGCGGAGAUGCUCAAGGUCUGGCAGGACAUGGAAGCGGAGGCGGGCCGCCGGGAAGAGGAGACGCUUGGUGACUCGAGGUCAGAAACGAGGCGGGAUCUCGGCUCGGAUGUCACAGCCGGCCAGCGGCCACCUCCCGCUUCAGAGGAGUCCGGCGGCCGCGCCGCCGCGACCUUUCCGCCGCCGGCGGCGGAGGAGGGCGGGUCCCGUCGGGACCGCGUCGUCGCCCAGGGCCAGCUGCCCAAGCUGAUCAGCCUCCGAGCGAGCAUCGACGAGGACCAGAUCCUGCAGGACGUGGGGCGCGUGAAGAACAAGGUGUUCCAGCUGGCGCGCCAGUACAGCCAGCGCAUCAAGAGCAACCGGCCCGUGGUCUGGCCGAGGCACCGCGAGAGAGCGAACCCGCCGGGCUUCAAGAGCUUGCCUGCCGUCCGCGAGGAGAGGCCUCCGUUGAGGAAGAAGGGUAAACCCGACCUGAGGUUGCCCUUGAACACUCGCGAUCGCUCAGUCGUCCACGAAGAGCGGUCUCCGAGCCCGGUCCAGACGCCCGGCUCUGGACCCGGCUCUGGACCGGGCUCUGGACCCGGCUCUGGACCCGGCUCCCCGAGCGCGGAGACGCUGGGCUUCCGCUGGCCCGCGGUGCGCCAGCUGCGCACCAAGUACACGGACUCCUCCCACUCCCCGGACGUGACCCCUGCCUGCGACCUCCACGGCGCGCCGAGCGAAGAAAGGUGUCGCCUGACGGCAUCGGUGGAGGAGGAGGAAGAGGAGGAGGAGGAGGAGGAGGAGAAAGAGGAGGAGGAUGACUGGGCCCCGCCCCAGAUUCCGCCCUUGCUGUGCAGGUGGAGGUCCUUGGACGACGCGCUCGGGUCCCUCCCCCUCCACGGAGGGCAGACCUUUCGGGAACCCUCGAGGAGCCGCUUCGCCACGGGUCCGGUGUCUCUGAUAGCGAGAGGCGGGGACGACGUCCUCCGGGAAGACCCCGACUGCGCCGCCAUGGCCGCCGCCGCCUCGGGGAAAGCGAGCGAAAGCAACCUGGUGAGGAGCUUACGGGAGAAGUUCCAGAGCUUAACCACCAGCUCGUGAACCAUCAGGGUGGAGAACAGUUACCUGAUGCUUCUCAACGUUCAGCUCCCCCCCCCCCCCCCUCCAAAAAAAAGAACCUGCAACCUGUUAUCUGCACAUUGUUUUCAGUAUUGGGGAAACAUAAAGGGAUUUUAUUGGUCGUUGGAGCGGCCCAUGAGGAGAAAGCAUAUUGUCUUAAAAAAUAUGUGUUGCAAUAUUUGUACAUUAGUCUUUGUCUGCACUGUACAAGUUUUUAAAGAUUUGUAUUUAGUCCCCCCCGGUAAUUGCGGAUUAAGUUCUACUUUAUUUUUUAUUAUUUGCAUCAAUUUGGUCUGCUAUAACCACUGUUGUACUAUUACCCUUCAACCAUGUAAUCUGCCAGCCGGAGCUUCAGGGGGAAGGAAAAAAAAGGGGGCUGAAGUGACUUUAACGACGUUCUGUGAGCGUAUAAACGGAACCGGUCAAACAUUUAAUGUAAUGAGAGAGUGCGUCCGAACUUACUGAACCAAAGAGGGGUUUAAUGCACGUGUUCACAUCCGUGAUUUGCUUCCACGUUUACUGUAGCGGCUUCUAAAACUUGUUCACAAACUGUCACUGGAGCUUUAUUUUUCUCAACAAGCUGUACAUUUUCUUUGAUGUUAUUUAUGAAUCUGUAUAUUUGGCAAAUUGGCCUCGUGUAAAUAGUGACACGUAGCAGCCCUUUUUACUUUUCCAUUCCAGAACACAUAUUAUUUCAUACUUGAAGGUUCCCAUAUUUUCAAUAAAAUGGUAUAUGCCCUAAUAGGUACAGCAUAUACGGACUAUUGUA